GCAUAAGGAAAAUCCUUAGGUUGGGAUUAUCUAUAGUGAACCUCCACAAAAGAAUAAGUAACCAUGGGGAGCACACAGGGUCCGUUUAAAAUCAGAGGAACUAGGGAUAGAUAAAUUUGCAUUUACCAGCCAAGUUUCUAUGUGGACAUUGUUAUAAGUUGAUAACCUUUCAAAGUUUAAUUCCCACUAGUAAUUUUUUUUUUUUUGUGAACACAGGGUAUUGUGAUGUUUAAUAGUUCUAUUCAGAGUCUUGAAGUAGUUAUUUUACCAGCUAUAAUAUUAUUUAACAAAGGGGUAUUGCCCAGUAAUAAUCUUGGUCUCUGCAUUUAAUUUUGGGAUUUAUCUCUUUAACUUAGCAUAAUUGUAUGGGAUAAACAAAAUAACAGGGACCCUUAUAAAAAUAUAGCAAGCGAAUGAUACCAUAAAUAUUUAGACAAGAUAAGCGCUCCAACUUCUAAAGGUUGUAUAGAAAACAGAAAAGAACAAGAAGGGUUAGGCUAAGUUUUGCCAGGCUUAACUUGAUUUAAUUUUCUUAAGUAAUUGGGCUUUGAAAAGUUUGAAGAAAAAUUGGAAGACCCUAAUUUUAUUCUCCUUAUUUCCUUUCUUUUAUUAGUUUAUUUCCUUUAUUCCCUUUUUUUUAUCCUGUUAAUAAUUUUAGCAUGGAAACAAUUACUUAAAAAUUAUUAAUCUAUGAAUCUUAAGGCAACUUUAAAGGUUAUAAACAUUGGGCAGGGUAACAACAUCUAGUGGGGACAUAAAGAACACCAUGGAGGAGAAUUUCCCAAUAUAGGGAUAAAGCAUUCUAAAUGUAAUUCUAUUAGGAUCACCUAUGCCAAUUUUUUUUUUUAAAUAGGAAUAGAAAUUCAAGGAGUUUAAUUAUCUGUAUAUAUAUGAGAAAGAAAGGAGUGGAUGUAAAUCAGAAAGUAACAGGUGGCAAUUUACCAAACUAGAAAUCCCAGCUGAUAAAACAGUGCCACUUUAAAAGUUAUAAGUAUUAAAUAAACAGUAACUACUUAAGGGGUUUCUAUACAGCAUAUUUACUAGGACAGAAUACUAACUUGGUGAAGGAUGGUAAAGAUUAUAAAGCACUGUCCAAAAAUCUUAGCUGCUUGUAUGAAGUCUUGUUCCAUGAUUUGGGGCAGAACUGGUUCCUUCUGUCGCAGUUAUUUGCUUCUCUUUACUGGGGCAGCUAAGUUUCAGUUUGAGUCUUUUAGUUGGCUGGACAACUUAAACAGGAGGCGCGGUCUUCUUUAAUAGGAGGAAGUAUAUCUAAGUCUUAACUCUCUGUAAUUUAGAAGUAUAAAGAUUAGUAAGGAGAACUACAUGCGGUCCUUUCCAACAAGGCUCCAGGGAAUCUUUUAGGUGAUUUUUUUCUAAUAUAUAUACUCCCUUGGAAUAAUACCAGGCAGAUUUUUGGUUUUUGGUCAUCAAGGAUUCUUUUAACGUGUGAAAACGUUCCUUAGAGUAUUGGAUUAAAGAUUGGUAAUAUUUAACAGCAUUAGAGAUGGUGUAAGUAAUAUAAUGGAGGGACAUAUGUUUUUGAGGAACUACUUCUCUCACCAUAGUUAUUUCAGUGUUUAUUCCUUACAGUCUGUGGCAUUUCUGAAUAUGUUUUAGUUAGAACUUUGACAUGAGUCAUAACAUUUUUUAAUUCAUAAGAUAUUCUGUAACCAGUAUAAUGUUAUCAGUUCCUGAAAUAGCUGAUUCUUACGUAAAAAAGGAAAGAAGGAAGUGAGAAAAAAUGAGUCUUUAUAUCUAGGAAAUAGAACAUUGUAUAUGAGUCAUAUUCUUACAUAAAUCUUUUAGUAAUCUUUUUAGUUUACUUAGUUUUAUGUAUCCAGUGUUGGUUUCAUGUUAUUCUGGAUCAGCAGCAACUUGAAAACCCCCCUUCAAUUUUUAUAUAAGAGUUUUAAAAAUCCUGAUUCAGUCUAAUGGCAUUUAUAUUCAAGAUAUUAUAGUCCUCUUAUAUAGCCCCUUUUUGUUAUGUUGUUAGUGAAUCAGUAAGGUAGAACUUAUCUAUGAAUAGCAAGCUCAAAAAUGGCUAUGGUUAGCUUGUAAUAAUAAUUUUUUUAAUGUGAAAAGAUUUGAUGGUAAAUUACUACAAAAGUAAUGCAAAGUUAAAUAAAGUCAAAUAAAAACUUUAGAUGAAAAUAGCUCUAAGCAUAAUGAUUAACCUCACAUUUAAAGAGUUAGGAUAUACCAAGAAAAAUGAAAACUCCAUAGGUGAAACCAUUGGCUUUGAUGAUGCGAGAUUUUAAAAGAAAUAAAUUUGUGACUAAGUUAGCAAUUAAAAAGACAAUAAAAUUAUGAUAGAAUGAACUUAUUGUCUAAUAUCAGGCAAAAAACAUAAGAGGGAAUAUUAACACAUAAAAUUUUAACCUAAUGAAAAUUUGGCAUUUCUCUUCAUUUGACAACAUGUUUUAUGUAACUUAAAUAAUUGUGCUUAAUCAUGCUCAUGAGGAGCCUGUACAUAGGUCAAGAGGCAGUUGUUUGGACAGAACAAGCUUGGUUUAAAGUCAGGAAAGUUGUGCCUCAGGGUUGUAUUCUUUCACCAUACCUAUUCAAUCUGUAUGCUGAGCAAAUAAUCUGAGAAGCUGGACUAUAUGAAGAAGAACGGGGCAUUGGGAUUGGAGGAAGAUUCAUUAACAAACUGCGUUAUGCAGAUGACACAACCUUUUUUGCUGAAAGUGAAGAGGACUUGAAGCACUUCUGAUGAAGAUCAAAGACCACAGCCUUCAGUAUGAAUUGCACCUCCACAUAAAGAAAACAAAAAUCCUCACAACUGGACCAAUAAGCAACAUCAUGAUAAAUGGAGAAAAGAAUGAAGUUGUCAAGGAUUUCAUUUUACUUGGAUCCAUAAUCAACACCCAUGGAAGCAGCAGUCAAGAAAUCAAAAGACGCAUUGUGUGGGGCAAAUCUGCUGCAAAGGAACUCUUUUAAGUGUUGAAAAGCAAAGAUGUCACCUUGAAGACUAGGUGCAUCUGACAGAAGCCAUGGUAUUUUCAAUCACAUCAUAUGCAUGUGAAAGCUGGACAAUGAAUAAGGAAACCAAAGAAGAAUUAACGCCUCUGAAUUGUGGUGUUGGUGAAGAAUAUUGAAUAUACUAUGGACUACUAAAAGAACAAACAUAUUUGUCUUGGAAGAAGUAUAACCAGACUGCUCCUUAGAAGCAAGGAUGGUGAGACUGCGUCUUACGUACUUUGGACAUGUUGUCGGGAGGGAUCAAUUCCUGGAGAAGGACAUCAUGCUUGGCAGAGUACAGGGUCAGCAGAAAAGAGGAAGACCCUCAACGAGAUGGAUUGACACAGUGGCUGCAACAGUGGGCUCAAGCAUAACAACGAUUGUGAGCAUGGCACAGGACUGGGCGGAGUUUCGCUCUGUUGUACAUAAGGUUGCUAUGAGUUGGAAACGACUCAGUGGCACCUAACAACAACAAUAUUAAAUAAACCAUUUUAACACUUUUUUCUUUAGGAAAUAGAAAUAAAUCUUUUGUGGCUUUUUAUGAAGUUUCAAAGAUGUCAGGAUGUUAUUACAGGCUAUUAAGAAACAAUAGUUAUUUAAUCAAAGAUCUUAAAGAUAAAAGUCUUAGUUUUGCCAAAGCCAUGUAGCUUGGUUUUUGAUUUAGGAAUUUAUUCUGUUGAACCUUUGCUUUUGAGGCAGAUUGCAUUAAAAAAUAUAAUUAAUUCUUUAGUUUUAAAGAAAAUUUUGUUAUUUUAACAGUGAGAAACCCAAUUCUUAGUUUAUAUGUUAUUUAAUAUUAAAGCCCUUAAAAAUUCUUAAAAAUUACCCAUAAAACAAAGUGAGAUUAAAUGGGCACACCGACCCAGGAGCAAGCACAAGAACGCAGGGGGAGACAGGAAAGCUGGUAAUGAGGAAUCCAAGGUCAAGAAGGGGAGAAUGUUGACACAUCGUGGGGUUGGCAACCAACGUCACAAAACAAUAUAUGUAUUAAUUGUUUAAUGAGAAACUGAUUUGUUCUGUAAACCUUCAUCUAAAGCACAAUAAAAAAAAUUCUUAUAAAUCAACUCAUUAAACAUUUAGCUCUAGUGAAAAAGAACUUUAACCAUACCAAAACAUUUUUCUUCUUAAUAAACCUUUUAAAUUUCUUGUAAAAAUGAAUUUAUUUUUUUCUGUGGUAUGAAAAGUAAGAGCCUGUAGACUUUAAUUAUACUGAACAUUCACUAACCCAAUUUAAUGUCAGUAAGUUACUAAAAAUUUCUGGUAAUUAAAUCUGUAUAUUACAAAACAUAAUCACUGUUGGAAUAAAGCUCGUUUAAAUAGUCGAUAUCGCUAUUUAAAUUUUUAUUAUUUUUUUUAAAAACAUUUUUAUUCAGUUGAAAGGGGUCUUUUUGUUGACUACCUACGUAAAUAACAAAACCUCAUCAGGAGCAGAAUGGAUUUUUAUCUGGAUGUCUUAUCCUCAGGAAACCUUGGUGGUGUAGCGGUUUAGAGCUACAUCUGCUAACCAUAAAGGUCAGCAGUUUGAAUACAACAGGCACUUCUUAGAAACUCUAUGGGGCAGAUCUACUCUGUCCUGUAGGGUUGCUGUGAGUCAGAAUCAACUCGAUGGCAACAGAUUUGGUUUUUUUUUUUUUAGUCUUAUCCUCAUAGGGGGUUGCUUUGUAUGAUCGUCUGAAGGUCAUUACUCGCUAGAUUGAAUGGCCAGGCUGGUAUCUAUAGCCUGCAUUAUAGUUUCUGUGUGCUUCUUAAAAAAAUUAUCUUAAUUGCAGCAAUUUUCAUCAAGGCUUGGAGGCAAAAGUUUACAAAGGUGUACAUUAAUAUAUUGUUGUUGUUAGGUGCCGUCUUGUCGGUUCUGACUCACAGCGACCCUAUGUACAACAGAACAAAACACUGCCCGGUCCUGUGCCAUCCUUACAAUCGUUGUUAUGCUUGAGCUCAUUGUUGCAGCCACUGUGUCAAUCCACCUCGUUGAGGGUCUUCUUCUUUCCCGCUGACCCUGUACUCUGCCAAGCAUGAUGUCCUUCUCCAGGGACUGAUCCCUCCUGACAACAUGUUCAAAGUAUGUAAGACGCACUCUAGCCAUCCUUGCCUCUAAGGAGCACUCUGGCCGCACUUCUUCCGAAACAGAUUUGUUCAUUUUUUUGGCAGUCCAUGGUAUAUUCAGUAUUCUUCACCAGCACCACAAUUCAAAGGCAUCAACUCUUCUUCGGUCUUCCUUAUUCAUUGUCCAGCUUUCACAUGCAUAUGAUGUGAUUAAAAAUACCAUGGCUUGGGUCAGGCGCACUUUAGUCUUCAGGGUGACAUCUUUGCUCUUCAACACUUUGAAGAGGUCCUUUGCAGCAGAUUUGCCCAGUGCAAUGCGUCUUUUGAUUUCUUGACUGCUGUUUCCACAGCUGUUGAUUGUGGAUCCAAGUAAAAUGAAAUCCUUGACAACUUCAGUCUUUUCUCCAUUUAUCAUGAUGUUGCUCAAUGGUCCAGUUGUGAGGAUUUUUGUUUUCUUUAUGUUGAGGUGUAAUCCAUACCGAAGGCUGUGGUCUUUGAUCUUCAUCAGUAAGUGCUUCAAGUCCUCUUCACUUUCAGCAAGCAAGGUUGUGUCAUCUGCAUAACGCAGGUUGUUAAUGAGUCUUCCUCCAAUCCUGAUGCCCCAUUCUUCUUCAUAUAGUCCAGCUUCCCGGAUUAUUUGUUCAGCAUACAGAUUGAAUAGGUAUGGUGAAAGAAUACAACCCUGAGGCACACCUUUCCCGACUUUAAACCAAUCAGUAUCCCCUUGUUCUAUCCGAACAACUGCCUCUUGAUCUAUGUAAAUGUUCCUCAUAAGCACAAUUAAGUGUUCUGGAAUUCUCAUUCUUCGCAAUAUUAUCCAUAGUUUGUUAUGAUCCACACAGUUGAAUGCCUUUGCAUAGUUAAUAAAACAUAUGUAAACAUCCUUCUGGUAUUCUCUGCUUUCAGCCAGGAUCCAUCUGACAUCAGCAGUGAUAUUCCUGGUUCCACGUCCUCUCCUGAAACCAGUCUGAAUUUCUGGCAGUUCCCUGUCGACAUACUGCUGCAGCCGUUUUUGAAUGAUCUUCAGCAAAAUUUUGUUUGCAUGUGAUAUUAAUGAUAUUGUUCUAUAAUUUCCACAUGUGGUUGGAUCACCUUUCUUGGGAAUAGGCAUAAAUAUGGAUCUCUUCCAGUCAGUUGGCCAGGAAGCUGUCUUCCAUAUUUCUUGACAUAGACAAGUGAGCACCUCCAGUGCUGCAUCUGUUUGUUGAAACGUCUCAAUUGAUGCUCCAUCAAUUCCUGGAGCCUUGUUUUUUGCCAAUGCCUUCAGAGCAGCUUGGACUUCUUCCUUCAGUACCAUCGGUUCCUGAUUAUACGCCACCUCUUGAAAUGGUUGAAUAUCGACUAAUUCUUUUUGGUAUAAUGACUCUGUAUAUUCCUUCCAUCUUCUUUUGAUGCUUCCUGCGUCGUUUAGUAUUUUCCCCAUGGAAUCCUUCACUAUUGCAUCUCGUGGCGUGAAUUUUUUCUUCAGUUCUUUCAGCUUGAGAAACACCGAGCAUUUUCUUCCCUUUUGGUUUUCCAUCUCCAGCUCUUUGCACAUGUCAUUAUAAUACUUUACUUUGUCUUCUCGAGAGGCCCUUUGAAAUCUUCUGUUCAGUUCUUUUACUUCAUGAAUUCUUUGUUUUGCUUUAGCUGCUCAACGCUCAAGAGCAAGUUUCAGAGUCUCCUCUGACAUCCAUCUUGGUCUUUUCUUUCUUUCCUGUGUUUUCAGUGACCUCUUGCUUUCUUCAUGGAUGAUGUCCUUGAUGUCAUUCCACAACUCAUCUGGUCUUUGGUCACUAGUGUUCAAUGCAUCAAAUCUAUUAUUGGGAUGGUCUCUAAAUUCAGUUGGGAUAUACUCAAGGUCAUAUUUUGGCUCUUGUGGACUUGCUCUGAUUUUCUUCAAUUUCGUCUUGAACUUGCAUAUGAGCAAUUGAUGGUCUGUUCCACAGUUGGCCCCUGGCCUUGUCCUGACUGAUGAUAUUGAGCUUUUCCAUCGUCUCUUUCCACAGAUGUAGUCAAUUUGAUUUCUGUGUGUUCCAUCUGGCGUGGUCCAUGUGUAUAGUCACCGUUCAUGUUGGUGAAAGAAGGUAUUUUGCAAUGAAGAAGUCAUUGUACUGUGGGGACUUGUGUGUUGCUGUGAUGCUAGAAGCUAUGCCACCGGUAUUCAGAUACCAGCAGGGUUACCCGUGGAGGACAGGUUUCAGCUGAGCUUCCAGACUAAGACAGACUAGGAAGAAGGACCUGGCAGCCCACUUCUGAAAAGCAUUAGCCAGUGAAAACCUUAUGAAUAGCAGCGGAACAUUGUCUGAUAUAGUGCUGGAAGAUGAGCCCUCCAGGUUGGAAGGCACUCAAAAGAUGACUGGAGAAGAGCUGCCUCCUCAAAGUAGAGUUGACGUUAAUGAUGUGGUUGGAGUAAAGCUUUUGGGACCUUCAUUUGCUGAUGUGGCACGACUCAAAGUGAGAAGAAACAGCUGCAAACAUCCAUUAAUAAUCGGAACCUGGAAUGUACGAAGUGUGAAUCUAGGAAAAUUGGAAAUCGUCAAAAAUGAAAUGGAACACAUAAACAUCGAUAUCCUAGGCAUUAGUGAGCUGAAAUGGACUGGUAUUGGCCAUUUUGAGUCGGACAAUCAUAUAGUCUACUAUGCUGAGAAUGACAACUUGAAGAGGAAUGGUGUUGCAUUCAUUGUCAAAAGAACGUUUCAAGAUCUGUCCUGAAGUACAGCGCUGUCAGUGAUAGGAUAAUAUCCAUACGCCUACAAGGAAGACCAGUUAAUACGACUAUUAUUCAAAUUUACGCAGCAACCACUAGGGCCAAAGAUGAAGAAAUAGAAGAUUUUUAUCAGCUGCUGCAGUCUGAAAUUGAUCGAACAUGCAAUCAAGAUGCCUUGAUAAUUACUGGUAAUUGGAAUGCCAAAGUUGGAAACGAAAAAGGAUUAGUAGUUGGAAAAUAUGGCCUUGGUGAUAGAAACAAUGCCGGAGAUCAAAUGAUAGAAUUUUGGAAGACCAACGACUUCUUCAUUGCAUUAAUAUAUUACAUCAUUAAUAUAAAAGGGAACAGUUGGGUUUAUGAAGGGAUUUAUCUAUAGUCAGGUUUAGGCAAAGAUCUCAAUAAUAGUUCAGACUCAAAAGUUUUCUUUAUCUUGGUGUCAGAUAUUAUAAAAAUUGUAACCACUUAUGUAAUGGUAUCUAAAAACCUGAAACAUGUAAGUUUUUUCAUUUCUGAGAGAAGAUUUAGGCAAAGCUGGCAAAGCCCUCAGUCAUGCUUGGAGCUAUGCUACCACCUUUUCAACUGCAAGUAGCAUGUGUUCAGCCCAGUUGCGUGGUAACACAGAAGCAGUCAGUGCACUUUUCAAUAGGCUAAUUUAUCUUAGAGUUUCUUAGAGGCGCUGCCUUUUUUUUUUUUUUAAUUAUAAGGCAGGCAAAAACAGUUUUAUGAAAAAAACAGUAGUUUUUAGCUGUGGCUUUUAAUUUGAUACAAGACACAAUUUUUUAAACUAGAAUCAAGUUAAAAUGAAACAGAAAAACUACAUAAUUUAUCGGUUUGUGAGAUCAGCCAACCUGAAAAACCUGUAAAAUAAAGAACAAAUGUGUACACAGGAAAAAAAAAUUGGUUGCGAGAAGCUUUAGGUUUCUCAUCCCUUUAAGUAAUUUCUACAGUGUCAAAUUGUGAGGAGCAACCUCAAACGUGCACCAGACCUAGAUCAAAAAUCUUUAACACAAACUUGCAAGUGGGGGAAAAAAAACACAACUGUGUACUGAAACCUGAAUGCGCGCUGUAACUUGAAAGUGCAGUAGGGAAGAGAAAGCAAACUCAAACUUAAGGAACUGGAACCUUGAGUAGACCUGGGGAUAUCGUAGGAACAGCCCUACCAAACUGAAUUUAGCAACAAACUCGUCAGAACUUUUAGAGAGUGAAAUGAAAAUGAAAGUAAAGUCAGAUCCUCAAUAAAAGUCACAGAGCUCUAUGCAAUGAAGGCAGAGCUCAAGUUCGAGAGACUUUACGUUAGAUGACCUCUGGAAAUCCGGGGAGAUGCUGAGCCAAAAGGCUCUGCUAGCCAGGUACACAUUCUUGAUGUCCCCAGGGUCAUAGAAGGCAGAACGUUUUCAGAAUCCUACUUCUGACACCAAAUAAUGUCAUAGAGCAAAAUCACAAAGCCUGGUUAAAAUUAUAAGAGUUUUAUUGAGUGAAUAGAGGCAGCUGCAGCAGAAGAAAGGAACUACGCACUGGGGAAACAUGGAGUCCCAGAUAACGGAACACACAAAUCCAGAGGGGAGCAACUGGGGGCACACAGUUAUAGGGUUGGAGGAGAAAGUACAAAACACAGUGUUCUGACUGAUUUUAUAGUGAUUGAGGUCAGUCAGAGGCAAGACAGAGUAAAGCAUGAUCUGACGUUAUUGGUUAUGUGAAUAAAUUGAUUGGCUAAAAGACAUAAUUGAAAGACAUGGGGCCAAGGGGGCUUUUUGUUGGUUAAAAAUCAAUGACGUGAUGGAAAUUUACAGGCACAGUCUGUUGAAAGUUACCUUGCUCAGAGCAUCAGUCACCACAGGAGAAUGGGAACAAAGUUUCCAUCAGGGAACAAAUGAGUUUCCAUGAGGUAUUCACAUCCUUUAACCUAACCGCAAAGCAACUUAUUCCUUAACAGUAAUAGGGCUUCGUGCCUAGGCAACAAAGGUAGAGACUGGGGGAAAAGUUACAUUGAGCUUUUAGAGUUAGUUCGGUUGUUUUACAAAUAGGUCAGAUGCCUCUAUUUUGAUUUUAUCCCUUAUUAGUGGAAAGGCAGACAGUACACAGGAAAAAGGUUAUAUCUGCAAGUUCAGUGUUACAGGAAAAACAAGAGGGUGGCAGGGAGGGAUGGUGGCACUAGUUCAGCCAAAGGGGAUAGUAUUGUAACAGAGCCCUGCAGGCAAGAUGGAGGAACCACUCAAAGACCCACGGAAAGUAUAAGGGGGAGGGGACAGCUAGUGCCAAGACCUGAGCAGGAACAAACUUUGCAUGUUGGAGAAAGAGGAAAGACCAGUAUGCUGGGGCCAAGGGCAGGUCACAGAAGGCAUCCUUUUGGCCAAGGAAGGGAAGAUACCCAGAGAAGGGUGGUACAAAGUGUGUUUCUGUUUCCUCUAGAGCCAACCCACUGUACAGACCAGCUGACCUCAAAGGAGCCACCCAGCCUCCUUGCUGGCCCACAGCUUCUGAAGCACACUGGCUUCAGUGACCCCCACAGCAGGACACUCGCCCCGUUGGUACCAUCCUCCCUCCCCAUGACUGACCUGCCCCAAGGCACAGCAGUACCGGCAGCUCCUACCAUGCCAGAGCCAGCAAUGGGGUCUGCCAUCCAGGCAGGGGGUGUCGGGACCCCUCAGGGGCUGGGCAGAGAACGUGAGAUGCCCCCGGCACUCAUGGAGACUCUUGAUACCCAGUGCACUACACAGCCUCUUGGCACUGGCCUAGUGCCCUGUGCCCCACAUCUUGGGGAGCCAGCCUCAGCUCUGGAAGGCAGCGCUCAGGGGGAGCCCCUGCUGGCCCUGGUGUCUGAACCCAGCCCCCCUGGCCUGGCCGCCUCCCAGCUCCCCAGCCCCCCGCUGGGGCCUGCUGUCCCUACCCACCUUCCUACGGCCUUGGAGUCUGAUGGGGAAGGGCCACCCCCCAGGGUGGGCUUUGUGGACAAUACCAUCAAGAGCCUGGACGAGAAGCUGCGCACCCUGCUGUACCAGGAGCACAUCCCCACAUCCUCUGCCUCGGUGGGGACCCCCGUGGAGCUGGGCGACAGAGACUUCACCCUGGAGCCUCCAUCCUCGGCACCAGCCGACGUGCCCCCAGGGCCUGCCCUGCCGCCCCAGCCUGUGUUGGAAAAGUUGGAAAUGGCAACGGAAAGAGUGGGUGCACUGGAACAGGGGCAGUCUUUGCCAAUAACAGAGCCAUCCCUCAGCAGCAGCCUGGGCCCCGGUGGAUGGGCAGUGCUGGACUCAGCUACCACACCUGGCCCUCUGCAGGAUGCCAUGGCUUCAGUGGUCCCCAUGCAUUUGGAGCCCACAGGCCAGGCCAACGGGACUCCCAGGGAGACUUUGGCGGAGCCCAUGCAGCACUCCACAGGGAUGCUGGCCACAGAGAGUAAGGCUUAUUGCCCUCGGACGCACGGCUCCCUGGACUCAGGCACCCCACAGAAGUGGCCAGGGCAGCAGAACAGCAGCUUACCAGCCAAAACUGUGGGCCGCUUCUCAGUGGUCAGCAUGCAGGAUGAAUGGACCCUGGCCUCACCCCACAGCCUGCGCUACUCAGCCCCGCCUGACGUCUACCUGGACGCACUGCCCGCCAGUCCUGACAUGAAGCUGGCAGUACGGCGUGUGCAGACGGCCUCCUCUAUUGAGGUUGGUACCGGUGAGCCCAUAUCCAGCGACUCCGGGGACGAGAGUCCACGGAGGAGGCCCCCAGUGCAGAAGCAGGCCUCCCUGCCCAGCAGCAGCAGUGUAGCCAGCGAUUUCGUCAAGAAGGCCACCGCCUUCCUGCAUAGGUCCUCAAGGACAGGCUCUCUGGGCCCGGACACGCCCAUCCGGCCCAGCAUCAAGGUCCCCACCAUCAGUGUCACCUCCUUCCACUCCCAGUCGUCCUACAUUAGCAGCGACAAUGACUCAGAGUUCGAGGACGCCGACAUAAAGAAGGAGCUGCAGAGCCUGCGUGAGAAGCACCUGAAAGAGAUCUCGGAGCUGCAGACCCAGCAGAAGCAGGAGAUUGAGGCCCUGUACCGCCGCCUGGGCAAGCCGCUGCCCCCCAAUGUGGGCUUCUUCCACACGGCACCCCCCACUGGCCGCAGGAGGAAAGCCAGCAAAAGCAAGCUGAAGGCGGGGAAGCUGCUCAACCCCCUGGUACAGCAGCUCAAGGUCGUGGCAUCCAGCACAGGUCACUUGUCAGAAUGCAGCAGAGGCCCUCCUGCUAAGGACCCUGCCCAAGGGGGAGCAGGGCUUGCUGCAGAAAGCCCAGCGGUGCCCCCGGCUCCAGACCCGUGUGGCAAGGCAGUCCACACCCAGCAGCCCUGCUCCGUGAGAGCCUCCCUGUCUUCCGACAUCUGCUCCGGCUUAGCCAGUGAUGGAGGCGGAGCGCAUGGCCAAGGGUCCUCCACAAGCAGCCUGGUCCCGAGCCCCGAGCCAGGCCCUCAGCCCACCCUGCAAGUCCAGGCACAGGUGAACAACAGCAACAACAAGAAAGGCACCUUCACAGAUGACCUGCACAAGCUGGUGGAUGAGUGGGCUAGCAAGACGGUGGGGACCACACAGCUGAAGCCGUCGCUCAACCAGCUGAAGCAGACCCAGAAGCUGCAGGACAUGGAGGCCAAGGUGGGCCCGGCCCCGGCAGCCAAUGAGGCGCGGACUGUGAGCACGCCUCAAGCAGGAGUGGGGAGGCCCUGCCUGACCCCGGGGCCUGGCCCUCUGUCCACCACAGUCGUCCCUGGAGCCGCCCUGGCCCUGUCCGUGCCUGCGCCAGGUACUGCCCUCUCCAGGCUCCCAGCUCCACCCCAUGCAGGGCCUCUGGGUCCAUGCAGAGGCCAGUUGGCAGCUCCUGUGUCCUGGGGGCACUGGCCAGCUCGAGUGGGCCAGCCAGCGGGUCGGGGCAGCCAGAAUCUCACCCAGGUGCCAGGCCUGGGUGCACCAGGCUUGCCAGUGCUCCCAGCGUACUUGCAGCCACCCACGGUCAGCUCACCCAGCCCCAAGCUGCGGAUCACAUAGCUUUCUGCCUUGCCACUUGCCAGACGGAGAGCUCUGAACAGCACAGAGAAAUGAGGUUGUGAUCUGGCUUCGGAGCACCCUGCCCUGCCUGCCUGGGCACAGUGCCCACCCAACAGGGCCAGUCCAGCACCCACGUCUCCCUUACCAUGACGGGCAGCGCUGGGUAUGCCAGCGCAGGAAGGAGCAGUGUCCUUGUGCAAUAUUUGCUUCCUUUCUGGUGGAGACGCUGUUCAUUCUUAGGUCCCAGUGGUCAACACUCGCAGUCCUCACUCGUUUCGUAUACUUGAAUUGAUUAUCAGGACAUUGUAAUGACCCCGCAAAAGUACAGUGCCUUGAAUUUCAGCUUUUCCGUUCCCUAAUGGAAAGAGAUGUUUAAAAGAAAUAUAUAUUGGAAAGGUGUGUUUUAUUUUACAAUUGGCUAUUGCAUUUAUAUCUUUAUUUCUUAUUUUAAGUUGCAGAGAUACGAAUGGUUUACAGGUUGGAAGCUAAGUCUAACCUUUAGUUUUCUGUUGUAAAUGCCUUUUUCUAAGGAAAAAAAUUGGUUGUCUUGAAUAUUGAAGAGUUGCAAAUGCUAGACCAGCUCUGCUCAAUAUCAGAAAAAUGAGGUCUCUCUGGAUUUAGCCGAUGACUAAGGGAAGACAGAUGGAAAAAACACGUUCUUAACUGGAGCAUUCUGGGUGCUUUUCGUGAGCUGUCUAACGCCCGUGAUUCUUCAGGGAGGGCAUUUUUAGCAGUGGCUGGUCUCUUAGUAAGGCUACGUAUGCAGAACCUGCUGUAAUAUGCUAAGUGAACAAACACACUCUUCAUAACCCAAAGGCUGAGGGGCGGCUCUGGGCUGGGUCGGCUGUUGGGAGUGUGGGUGAGUGUGUGCCCGGCAGCUGCUGCCCCCUGCUUCUGGGUCCCACCAGCCCGCCUGCUGAGCUCUUCUUCCUGGCUUUUCCUUCUUUUCAACAAUUUGCCCUGUGGCCCAUGAGCACCCCCCGCCCCCGCACCUCACUUACUCACAAGCAGUAUUCCGUUGGCCUCUGGCCUGUAGGCUGCCCUGCGGGCAGUCCUCCAGGCUGACGUGCUGAGGGCCAGACUGCCCUUCUCCUGGAGACGUCAAUGGCACUCAUCCCAGACAGGCAUAGAAACGGCCCACGGUGGAGCCUGGAGGCCCGGCCUCCUCCCCUGACAAAGAUGUUUUUUACUCCCACUGGAAGGCAGACCGCCUCCUGAUGCCAAGAUGUGAGUUGUAUAGUUCUACUGUACUUUGGAACAAUACUAAAACUGGCUAACUUAUUUUGGUUUAAAUAUAUUAUUCCAUCAAUUCAGUUAGAAUUGAAUUUUCUAGGUGAUUAUGCAGAGUCUUCUGCCUGGACACAAUGUUGUCGUAAGAGAUUUCUGUUCUCUGUACCGUGCACCUCAGUCUGUUUGGUUUCAGAGUCGUGUCUCUGUUUCAUGAGUACAAUGGACAGCUGCUCUCACCGUUUCUCCUCCAGCUUACACUGAACCUAAGAUUUGGAGCCUCUCUCACCUGUUAGCCCUCUCCUUGUACACAGACAGUCAGUGGCACGAAAUCCCCAAGAGACUGUGUAUAUUAAGGAGAAAAAUAAACACUUUUGCUUGAAAACAGUGUGGAAAAAAUCUUUUUCUUCCUCUGUCCAUUUAAGAGCUGACCGGCUGGGCC